UUUUUUUUAAUGAAGUCAUAAAGAUUAGAAAACUUAAAAACAGACAGGAGCUGGUGAUGGGAAAGGAGAUAUUUCAGUCACAGAAAAAGACAUUAAUUUAAAAACAAUUUCCUGCAUUAGCAUUAGGGCUAAAGUAAAAGUAUUUAUAGCAAGCACAAAGGUAAACAAGGGAUCAAUUCUAAUAAUCAAGAUGACCAUGUAUAUUGCAAUAUUUUGAAAUGAAAAUGUUAAAAAACAGUCAUGAUUAGGGAAAUAGCAAAAUUUUAAAUAAUGACAAGUAAUGGUCCUGGCUCAUACAAAUCACAGUCUUAAAGAGGGAAUCUUGCAAAUUAAAUUUGGGGAGAAUCCAUAAUUUAUAGAAUUCUUAACAAAGAAAAAGAAAAGAUAUUCCCUGCCAAAUAACCUCACUGUUUAUACAUAAUACUCAUAUUUGUCCUUUUCUUAUAAAUACAUUUUCUUUGAGGUAACACUGGUUACAAACAUAAUAUGUUUAGUGUACAACAUUAUAACUCAACAAAUCAUUGAACACCUUCUUUACUUUUUUAACAAUACAAUCAAAGCAGGAACUCCUGUGAAUGAAUUUUCUGUGAUUUGGGUUAAAUAAAAGUUUUCUUUUAAGAUUGUCAUGACUCUCUAGAGAUAAAUGUUUCACUUCACUCAAAAGAAAACAAGUAAUAUUUUUUAAAAAUCUCACUAUGUCAUACAUCAGAAAAGGUAACAGCAACAAAUGCUGGAGAGGUUGUGGGGACAAAGGAACCCUCCUGCACUGCUUAUGGGAAUGUCAAUGGGUCCAACCCCUGUGGAGAGCAGCCUGGAAGGAAGCAGCCUCUCAGAAGGCUAGGAAUGGACCUACCCUAUGAUCCUGCAAUUCCUCUCCUGGGGAUAUAUCCUAAGGAACCAAACACACCCAUCCAAAAAGAUUUGUGUAUACCUAUGUACUUAGCAGCAUAAUUUGUAAUAGUCAAAACCUGGAAGCAACCCAGAUGUCCAAGAACAGAUGAAUGGCUGGGUAAGUUGUAGUGUAUAUACACAAUGGAGUACUACUCAGCUAUUAAAAAACGUUGACUUCACCGUUUUCAGCCCAUCUUGGAUGAAGCUUGAAGAAAUUAUGCUAAGUGAAGUAAGUCAGAAACAGAAGGAUGAAUAUGGGAUGAUCUCACUCUCAGGCAGAAGUUGAAAAAUAAGAUCAGAAGAGAAAACACAAGUAGAACCUGAACUGGAGUUUGGUGUAUUGCACCAAAGUAAAAGACUCUGGGGUGGGUGGGCGUGGGGGGACAGUACAGGUCCUAGAAAAGGAUGACAGAGGACCUAGUGGGGGUUGUAUUGUUAUGUGGAAAACAGAAAUGUUAUGCAUGUACAAACUAUUGUAUUUACUGUUGAAUGUAAAACAUUAAUCCCCUAUAAAGAAAUUUUAAAGAUUAUCUCACUGAUUUCAAUUAAAAUAAAGAGAUUUUCACAAGAAAUAGAAUCAGAACACAGAGCACCACUCUCUGCAUGUGGUACUGGGGAUGGAACCCAGAGCCUGAAGGAAUCAAGCCCAGAAAUUCUGCCUUCUACCAACUGAUCUAUUCCCAAGGCCAUUCAGUAAACUCAUGUAAAGAAAUCUUAGUUUGCUUCCACUAUACUUGGAAAGUAAAACUACAUUGUCUUGUUUUGGUAUAAUGUAUAGUGUAAACAAAACUAAAAGUUUAAUGAAGGUAUGAUUGUAAGAUUUAAAGACAGCUUCACACUUUAGGCUUAAUAUUUUAUAUUAAUGUAAGAAUAUUUUUACAUAGCUGUAUUUCAAGCUUUAAACAUAUUUAAAUUUUUAUGCUUGGUAUUCAUUUUUAAUAUUAAAUUUCUUUUUUUCUUCAUAUGCAACAUUUCUGUUUUCCACAUAACAAUUCAACCCCCACUAGCUCCUCCUCUGCCAUCAUGUUCCAGGACCUGAGCACUACCCCCCACGCCAGAGUCUUUUACUUUGGUGUAGCACACCAACUCCAGUCCCAAGUUCUGCUUAUUGUUUUCCCUUCUUAUCUUGUUUUUCAACGUUUGUCUAUGAGAUCAUCCGUAUGCAUCCUUCUCUUUUUUCUGUUACUCUUCUAUUAAAUUUUAAUUUUAUGAGUGAUAUAACAUUGAUUUACAUUUUUUUCUUUUUUAUUGGUGCCUUUACUAUGAAUCCACUGCUUCCAGCGGCUUGAUUACUCUCUUUAUUCCUUCCUACCUUUUUUUUUUUUUUUUUUGCUCCAGUGUUAUCACUGGGGUUCUGUGCCUGCACUAGAAUCCACUUCUCCUAGCGAACAUCUUUUCCGGUUUAUUGGAUAGAACAGAGAGAAACUGAGAUCAGAGGGAGAGAAACAGACCUGCUUCACCAGUACGUGGGAAGCCUAGGUCUCAAACCAAGAUCCUUCCGUGGUUCCUUGCACAUAAUCUGGUGUCCUACCGCCCAACCCUAACCCCUAUUCUAUUUUAUUAUCACCAAGUUUAUUCCUGAGGUUUGGUGUAGGCACUAGGAAUCCACCGCUCUUGGCGUCCAUUUUUCCUUUUCCUUUUUUUUUUCCUUCCCCUUUUCCUUUUUCUUCCCCCCAAACCCCGCCUCAGCAGAGCUUGUGAAGUUAUCCCUGCAGAUGGGGAGCUGGGACUCAAACACAGGUCCUUCCGCUUAGUCAUAAAUUCGCUCAACCGGCGCGUGAACGCCCGUUCCAGUCCAGGUGGAAUAUUAAAGUACUCAGGAAUUGUAAACGUUCCAAAGGCUUUAACAAUCACAUUACAUUUACUCAUUACUCAAGAAUUUAGAACACUUAGAGCGCCACCAAAGGAUUUAACAACCACUUUACAUUUACUUACUACCCAGGAAGCUAAAAGACCUUACUUUGCGCGCCCCCUCGCGGCAGAAAAAGGAACCACUGAAAUUCGCAAUGUUUCAGUUCUUACUUAUGACAGGAGUAAUGCUCAGCUCCAUCCUUGCCUGCUCUUAUGGUCAGGACCAUGUCCCAGAAAAGAGAGUGAUCCUUAUGCUUCUGACACAGCUGAAAAACACCCCCUCCCUCUCGUGUCUGAAGGACAGGACCGACUUCCACUUCCCUUGGUCUAGAGGAGAAAUCACCCAAAUCCACAUGGCACAAGGGCCUUGUUUCCAGAAGUUGAUGCUCCAGCAGGUCUUCAGGCUGUUUAACACUGAAGCCAGCAGAGCUGCUUGGAACAACAGCCUCCUGGACAGGCUCCUCUCUAGCCUUUAUGACAGCCUAGAACAGCUGGAGCAAAUGGAAGUAAGCCUGGCUUGUCCGUCGGUGGGAACUGAUGCCCUGAAGUACUUCCAGAGAAUUAAAAUCUACCUGAAAGCAAAGAAAUACAGUGCCUGUGCCUGGGAGAUUGUCAGAAGUGAAAUUGAGGCACGCUACAAAGUCCCCGCCACGGUCCGUACUUCUCGGUCUCCGGUCCUCGCAGGUCAACGGCGCCUGGACACUGCUGGCCGCGCCCGCAAAGCCGCCCUGGAGCGAGUGCUGGGCUCCACGCUCCGCUCGGUGCUCCGCUCAGUCGCUCACACUGGCACUCGGCCCGCCGCCCGCCCAGAAGCCCCGGGAAUGUGCAUAAGAGAAGGUCUUCAGAGGACCUGGAGACCAGGGCUCAUAGGGUUACCCACCUCAGACAGACCAGCAAGCAGCAUCUGCAAAGCCCUCAUGGCCCCAUCUUCUCUCUUCCUGAAGGCUCUGCUGGUGCUUAGCUGCAGCUACAUCUUCGGUCUGGGCUGUGACCUACCUCAGUCCCAUCCUCCAGUUAACAGGAGGCCCUUGCUUCUCCUGGGACAGAUGAGGAGACUCCCUCCUUUCUCCUGCCUAAAGGACAGACAUGACUUUGCAUUGCCCCAGGAGGUGUUUGAUGGCCAGCAGUUCCAGAAGGCCCAUGCCCUCUCUGUUCUCCAUGAAAUGCUCCAGCAGAUCUUCCACCUCUUCAGCACCAAGCAUUCUUCUGCUGAUUGGGAUGAGGGCCUCCUCAACAGCUUCUGUGCUGAACUUCAUCAGCAGCUGAAUGUCCUGGAAGGCUGUCAGACACAAGAGGUGAGAGUGGAGCAGACUCCCCGGAUGAAGGACUCCAUACUGGCCAUGAAGAGAUACUUCCAAAGAAUCACUAUGUAUCUUCGAGAGAAGAAGUACAGUCCUUGUGCCUGGGAGAUUGUUAGGGUCGAAAUCAUAAGAGCCUUCUCUUUAUCAACCAAGUUACAAGAAAAGUUAAGGAGUAAGGACUGA